AUGAUAAUCGGCUCGGAGAUAUUUUUCGAAUUAAUUUGCGCAGGUCAAGUCAAACCUACGUUACAACGACCCGUAUUUCAAAAAACUUUGUUCGGUUGGAUCGUCGCGGGACCCGUUCCUGGUCUAAUAAACCACGAACGUGAUGGAAAUAAAUGUGUAUCGCUGUUUAGUGGCUCCAGUCCGAUGGUUUCCAAUUUAGAAGAGCAAAUCGCGAAGUUUUGGCGUUUGGAAGAAAUACAUUCCAAUGUUUACUCCACUGAAGAAAAGGCUGCUAAAAUUUAUUUCGAAAACACAACAAAACGCGCACUGGAUAACCGAUUUAUCGUAUCAUUACCGUUUCGAGACGAGUCAAAACUAGGGAAAUCAUACGAUAUCGCACUACGUCGAUUUUUGAGUUUAGAAAGACGACUGGCAGUCGAUAAUAAACUUAAAAUAGAAUAUACAACAUUUUUAGACGAAUAUUUAUCACUAGGUCACAUGGAAAUUGUACCACACGAAGAACGCGAUGUUUACGUACAAUAUAACUACUUACCGCAUCACGCUGUUAUCAAAGAAAGUAGUACGACGACUAAACUGCGCGUAGUGUUUGAUGCCGCGAGCAAAAGUGACACCGGCGUGAGUUUGAACGAUGUUUUGUGUAAAGGUCCUUGUAUCCAAGAAGAUUUAAUAUGUAUUAUGACUCGAUUCCGGACACAUAAAUACGUAAUUUCUGCCGACAUAGUAAAGAUGUACCGACAAAUUUGGAUUUCGGAGCGGCAUCGUGAUUAUCAACGAAUUUUAUGGCGCUCGGAUCCUGAUAAGCCAAUUCAAAUUUAUCGAUUAAAUACCGUUACAUACGGUAUAAUUACGGCGUCAUACUUAGCGACAGGUUGUCUCCAAAAACUUUCGACAGAAAUGUAA